GGGCAGAGGCACAUCGGGCAGGACUCCGGGCAGAGGCACAUCGGGCAGGACUCCGGGCAGAGGCACAUCGGGCAGGACUCCGGGCAGAGGCACAUCGGGCAGGACCUCCGGGCAGAGGCACAUCGGGCAGAGGCACACAGGCGAAGCAGCAGGCAGCGGGCCACCAGGCGGAGCAGCAGGCACCGGGCCCCCGGGCGGAGCGGCAGGCACCGGGCCCCCGGGCGGAGCGGCAGGCACCGGGCCCCCAGGCGGGGCGACAGGCACCGGGCCCCCAGGCGGGGCGACAGGCACCGGGCCCCCAGGCGGGGCGACAGGCACCGGGCCCCCAGGCGGGGCGACAGGCACCGGGCCCCCAGGCGGAGCGGCGGGCGCCGGACCCCCAGGAGCGACAGGUCUCGGGCCCUCAGGCGGAGCGGCUGCGGGCGCCGGACCCCCAGGUGGAGCGACAGGUCUCGGGCCUCAGGCGGAGCGGCAGGCGCCGGACCC